AUGUCUUUUGUUCGACAAUCGCUACGAACGAGACCACCAUUUGGAGAAUUAGGUGAUCCGCCAUUGCCGCAUGAAAGUAAAGUCUUGUUUGAAGAAGAAUAUCUUCGAGUGCCCAAUGUACAAUAUGUGAGCCAACCACAGAAAACUAAUGAAACAUCCGGUCCGAAAAAGAGUAAACGCAUUUUGAAAACAUCAAGUAGAAAAGAAUUAGCGUAUGCUGAUCACGUUGAACGAUUAUUGAUAGAAGAUUCGGUGAAAAAACAACAACGACGACGGUCAUGGGUGUCAACCAAUUCGAAUUCUUCUCAUCUAGAUGAUUUACCAGCAGAAUAUGAUAAAGACUGGUUCUUCGAAAAGCUUUUGGAAAAAUUCGAAGAUAUUCGUUCAGAGCGUGUUCAUCCGCCAAAUGAUAAUGGUGGUCAAAGUAUUGAACGGAUUGUUGAACGUCGUUAUUAUAUCAAGAAACUACCGCAAAAACCAAAACGAAAUCAGGUAACAUCUACCACCGAUUUGCGAACACUUGGAAAGAAAGAACGUUUGCCAUCGGGUAUAUCGAGUGCAAGUGCAAUAUCAUCGGGAUGUUCUCGAUGCUCGACAUCGACACCGACCUAUGUUGAAGCUCUUCGCGAGCAGUCGGACUCGCUUCGACAUGAUUUUAUUGAAUUAAGAAGUGAAAUUGAGCAUCUUCUAGCAUCUCAGCACAUGCUUUUCCAGCAAUUACAAACGAAAAUCCCACCAAACACAGACAAUCGUCAAGCAACGAGCAACCAAACGGUACCUCCUAUUACUGGUAAACGAUCUCGAUCUGUUUCAACAGAAUCUCAAACAUCAACAGCGUCGUCAACGAGUGGAAAGAGCACUCCCGUACCUCAAACAACUGCUAAAUCCCCAUCACCAGCAACGUCUCCUUUGCCCAAAUCAGAAUUUAUUGCUGACAAAAGCCCUUCAUAUGUGCCAGCACCACCUGUCACUCCCUACAUCGGCACAAAAGCAAAUCCGGUAGCACAAAAACCUCCAACAAAUCCAUCUUUGAGUUCAGUAACUUCUUCAAGAACCACAACUCCACCAACUAAUGCACCGGUGACUUCUAAGCCGCCGAUGGUAGCACGAACAUCGUCAAUCAAUCCAUCGAUUAGUUCUAAACAAUCAUCUAUCGCACCAACACCAUCUAAUAAUCUAUCAGGUGAUGGAACAUCUACUCGGCCACCUAUUAGUAGUUUUAUUGCUCCAAGAAAACUUUCUAUUGAUUCUGUGGCAUCGGCAUCCGCUGCAUCAAGGCAUUCCUCCGAAGCGCCAACGCCGAUAUCAAUGAAAGCUCCACCACCAAUACCACCUGGACCGAUGCCCGUGCAUGAAAACGAACUCGCACAUCGACGUACAUUGUCGCCUCAUUCUCAGAUUGUGGCAUCAUCAGCAUCGGCUCUCGAUACAUCUACUUCUUCAUCGCGAUGCAGUAGCUCAUUGUCGAUUCAAUCGAUUUCUCGUAGUAUAAAUAAGCCUCCAACAAUCACAUUGGGUGAAAACGAACUUGAAGAUCUAGUUCAAUACAGUUCACAACUGGAGCUAGCAGGCUUUCCAGCAUCCAUGGCACCCGUUAUACCUAAUCCAGGUACAAGCAGUACAUUCUGGGAAUCCGUCGAUAACUAUAUACAGGAUACGCACUCAACAACUAGUACUACUGAUGCGUCGUCAAUACAUCGAUCGUACUACAAUACCCCAUUUGGUUUAGAUAAUCAGAGUACAAAACAAUUAGAUAAAUACGAUCUUGAAAUCAAAGCUCAGGAAACGUUUAUUGGAAGUGCUCCGCUUCUUCUACCACCAAUCGACACUUCAAUAUGA